GUAAAUUGGAUGGGUUGUUCCAACCCGGAAGAAGCCCUGAAAAAGCGUCUGGGUGCAAAUCGUUUUGUCAAUCGGAAGGAAAUCAGUAGAUGGAGAGAGGAGAGAGAACAAUGAAAGUGUAUGCGAUUUUGGGGCUUCUUCUCUUUUCUGCUUUUGCCGGAGAUGUAUCGGCUCUUUCAGUCACCGUCAACGACGUCGAAUGUGUAUACGAGUAUGUACUUUACGAAGGCGAUACGGUUUCAGGCAACUUUGUUGUUGUCGAUCAUGAUAUAUUCUGGAGCUCCGAUCACCCCGGCAUCGACUUUAUCGUGUCAUCUCCUGGAGGAAAUGUAGUACAAACAAUGAAAGGAACAUCUGGAGAAAAAUUUGAGUUUAAAGCUCCAAGAAGUGGAAUGUAUCAAUUCUGUUUCCAUAACCCUUACUCAACUCCAGAAACUGUCUCUUUCUACAUACAUGUUGGUCAUAUUCCCAAUGAGCAUGACCUAGCAAAAGAUGCAUUUGGACCUGUGAAUGUGAAUGUGAAAAUUGCUGAAUUGAGGGAGGCAUUAGAAUCUGUUACAGGCUGAAAAAAAAAUACUUGAAAGCACGUGAUGCUCGACAUCGCCAUACAAAUGAGAGCACGCAUAAAAGGGUGAUCUUUUACACAAUUGGAGAAUACAUUUUGUUGGCACUUGCAAGUGGACUCCAAGUGGUUUACAUACGUCGCCUGUUUAGCAAGUCGGUUGCUUACAACCGGGUUUGAGCUUUGAACCAAUCAAUUGUAUCUUAUCUUUCUUCUUAUAUUAUUGUUAUAGAUUAGAACUCGGGGAAAUUUAUGUCAUCUAUCGUGUUUAGAGCUUUUCAAUGUUUUACCUUUUUACGUACCUUAAAUUAAAUUAAUGCAAUCUUGCAAUUUUCAACU